CCUCAGACCACUUAAUAUGGCUACAUUUGCACGAUCAGCAUUCAAUGUCAAAGCAUACAGCGCAAUUCGCCCCGUAUUUCCACCACAGUUCUUUGAAGGCAUCUACGCCUAUCACGCGAAUGCCGGAAAGGGCAAGGGAGAGUUCAAGCGAUGUGUCGAUUUGGGAUGUGGUACAGGACAAGCGACAACCGUCCUUGCGGAGAAGUUCGAUGAAGUCAUCGGUGUCGAACCAAGCGGACCUAUGGUCGAACGUGCCAGAAACCUGCUCCGUGAGACCGAAGAACUCAAAGUGGUAGGGGACAAAGUACGUUUUGUUCAGAGUGCUGCAGAAGAGUUGCCGUUCCUGGAGGAUGAGAGUGUCGAUAUGGUUACCGCCAGCCAAGCUGCACAUUGGUUUGACUACUCAAGAUUGUGGCCUGAAUUGGGUCGCGUUCUCAAGCCGAAUGGUGCCGUUGCGUUCUUCGGUUACGGCGAGAUGCGUCUCCCUGACCACCCGUCAUCGACUUCCCUCAUCGGGGAGUUCACCCAUGGUCCCGAACUCGAUUCGAACUGGGAACAACCUGGACGGUCCAUCGUCGAAGCACUCUUAGACCCCAUUCCUUCCCCAGGUCUGCCGUUCGACCCCUCCACGGAACAGCGAAUCAAGUACAGCGGUUCCUAUUUCCCCAAACCCGAGGUACCCGACCCGCAACCCGUGAUCCUGUCUAAACGCAUGAAUCGGCAGGACCUGGAUACCUAUGCAAGGACGUUCAGCGCCCUGCAUACGUUCUGGGAGAAGCAUCCGGAAGACAAGCAACGGUCUGACGGAGACUUCGCGACCCGCUUUGUAGCAAGGAUGAUGCAAGUUAUUUCAGAAGAUGGUGGGAAUACGAAUGAGUUCACUGUGGACUGGCCAGCAGGGUUAAUCUUAGUUAAAAAGGCUGCAUAGAGGAAGGACGGCAACGUGUUUCAUUAGAACUGCAUGAAAUCAUAUACAUUUAUCAUGAGCGCUUGAUAUCGCUC